GCCGAGAAUAAUAGUCUUCACGGAAUGCAGAAGCUUCAAAUUGAAAGUCCUGUACAAUGCUUCGACUAUGGCUACUGCUAUUAGUACUUUGCGUGCCUCUGCUACGACGGGUCAACUCCCAUGAAGAGUCGGGUGAAUGGAGCUGCGAGUCGGACUCAGACAUCCGAAUCCAGGCCCAGUCCGGGCCCGGCCUUAUCACCCUCGAUGGUCACACCGACGAUUGGAAGGACGUGGUUGGUUCCGAGUUCCCUCUUCUCCCUGCUCUUGACCCAGAUGCUGAGAACGAGUACACAGCUGGAAAGAUGACUGUCAAGGCUUUGCAUGAUGGCCGUGAUGUCUUCUUUAUGGUUCAAGUUGAUGGGGAUUACGCUUACUCAGAAGGUGAGAGUAACAAAUGCCCAUCUAUUGCGCUCAUGUUUCAAAUCGGUGAAGCUGCAACUUAUCAUAAUAUGGGCGGCUGUAAGGAAGGAGUUGACUCUUGCACAAACAAGACUUGCAAAACCCAUGAAGUUGAUAUUAUGCACUUCUCUAUUGGAAAUGCAAUUCCUGGACGUCUCUAUGGUGGCAACCCAAUGGACAACAGGGAUGGAAAUGGAGGUGACAGGUUUGGUCAUUUGGUUGAUCUUUAUGCUUGGAACCCACACUGUAGAUACCUAGAUGGAAUUAGCUCUUCAGAGAAUGAUACUAGUGCACAAAAUGAUUGGAAAGGCUGUUGGUGGCACAGUAGCUUGAAUGUUCACUCAGGUUUUGUGGAAGAAGAUAGUCCUUAUGCAUCAGAUGGUCAGAAGGGUACAUUCUAUUUUGAAUUCUCUAGGCCUAUGAGAACUAUGGAUCGCCUCCAACAGGAUGCUCAAUUCACAAUUGGUGGAUCAAGUAAGAUGUCAGUUGCCUUCUGGUAUCCUGUUGAUGGAAAACCAUGGCAUGGCUCUGGACACUAUUCUGUUAGCUGUGACUGGGUUCACUUGGAUAUAUCUUUGGAAACUUCAAUGCUAACCAAAGUGAGACAAAGUAGUUCAGUCAGUGCUGCUAGUGUUUUUGCCCUUUUGCUCUCAGUAAUCUCAUUAUGUACUUCUGUUUUUAUCGGGUAUUGGGUUGUCAAACCCAAAACCAUCCCCUUCACACCUGUGGACGAUGACAAUCUUUAAGAUUUCCAGUGGUGGAAUCAAAUCGAGUUGUACUUCUGUUCUGGUAAAAGAUUUUCUUUUUUGGUGAAACGGACUGUACUUAAAUCUGCACUGCAUUACUGCAUGUCCAUCCAUGUCAUUAUUUAAUAUAACAUUUUUGUUAAAUUUCGAAUUGUCAAAUUACUUUAUAUUAAUUAUUGAAUAAACCUACUUCU